AUGGAUACUACCAAUAAAAGGACAUUUUCCGUGAGGGCCCCACAGGGCACACGCGACUGGUUCGGCAAAGACAUAAUAAUUCGCGACAAGAUCAUAUCGUCGAUGGUUGAAGUUUUUAAGCGCCAUGGAGCGGCAACAAUUGAUACCCCCAUUUUUGAGCUGUUAAAUCCGAUGAUAUCGGGACAGGAUGAGUCUCCGGUUUGCAAGCUGGCGGAUCAAGGGGGGGAACUCACAGCGUUGAGAUAUUCCCUCAGAGAUUCACUCACCAGGUGGUUGGCACUGCGAGGCGCUCAGUCUGCGAAGAUAUAUCAGGUCGGAAAGGAAUACCGGCGGAUCGCAGAUGGGUUUGGCAGAAGCAUCGCGGAGGAGAAGAUAAGGUGUCAUCUUGGAGUUUUUGGAGUUUCUGAUGGACUACUUGCAGAGGCGGAGAUGUUGAGGGUUACUAUGGAGGUCCUGGACGGGCUCAAGCUGGGGGCUUAUUCUAUCAAGAUCAACCAUUCUCUUAUCUUAAAGGGGGUGUUGGAGGUGUGUCAAGUGCCCGAGAAGUUGUGGCGAAAGUUGGCAAAGAUGAUAAACAACAUCAGCAAGACAUCUUGGGAUCAGGUAUACCUAGAGAUGACCACAGAUUUGGAGCUUGGGAAGGCAAUAGCUGAUAAACUUGGAGGCUACGUUGCAAAAACAGGAGGCAGACAUCUGGUUUACGACCUGCUACUCGAUGAGGAACUUACAAAAAACGUUGCGUUUUCCAAAGGAAUUAACGAGAUGAAGAACUUCUCCGACCUUUUAGAGAUAUUUGGGGUCACUCCAAAGAUCGCUUUUGACCUGUCGCUUGCUCGCCCUGACUUUCUCAGCACGGCUUUAAUGUAUGAAGUUGUGACACUUCCACUUUCAAUCAAGUCAUCUGGGAAGACGAUUGAUAGCGUGGAAAUUGCGUCUGGUGCUAGUUAUUACCAAUGGAGCGGGUAUCUCUACAAGGCUGCUUUCCCAAUCACCGGGAUCGAAUUCGAACUGGAGGAUAUUUUCAGAAUCAUCAAAGCAAGAGUUCCCGCAGGCCAGGUUUGGGAUACCGAAGUAGACGCGUAUGUCAUGGCUGUUGGCGGGAGUUUUCUAGUGGAGAGAAUGCAAGCUGAGUUCCUGCACAAGGAAAUGCCGGAACCAACAUAUCGAUUCGCUGUUGUCCUCAGUGAGGAGGAGGUAAAGCAAGGAAAGGUAAAGAUAAAAGAAGCGAGCAACCCGCACAAGCCGGGGCUGGACGUUGAUAUAGACAGUGUUGGACUGGUGCUCACGGAGAUGAUUAGGGGGAGCAAAGAAGGUGCUAGUGAUAGAAAGGAUGCUGGGACUGAAGAGGAGGGCGAUGAAGGUGGAAAUUUUAGAGAGCGGGUGGAUAGGGUUAGGGUGCAAGGAGGUACGGUGGAGAUGGAAGGAGUGAAUGUGGAGCUGGAUUUUGCAAAGAUUAAGGUUAAAGAUGCGGAGAUUGAGCUCGAGGGGGCAAAGUUUGAUAUCAAGAAGGUUAAGAUAGAGAUUCGGGGCUCCAAAGAGGAGUAG